CCCCUCCUUUCAAUUCUCCCCACCACCCCAAAAAUAACAUUUUCCUUAUCAAUUCCUCAACAUUUAUCCCUUUUCCCCACUUUUUCCGAUUAAUAUAAGGAAAAACAAAUCCCCCCCAAAAAAAUUCCAUGUAUAAAAAACCCAAAAAUCCCUCCCCUUCUUAUAAUGUAUAAUCCUCCUCACUCACUCUCCUCCCAAGUAGAAACCUUUUCCUCCCCAUUUCCUCCAAUCUCUCUCCCAAAACCAAAAAAAAACAACAAGAAGAAGAAGAAGAAAAAACCCACUAAUCAUGACUACUACUACCCAUUACCAUUAUAGCGAUGAAACCCUCUUCAUCUCCCUCCUCUGCCUCUCCUUCCUCUCCUUCAUCCUCAUCCACCGCCGCCGCGCCCGCCGCCACGGCCUCCCGCCGGGGAGCCAGGGGAUCCCCUUCGUCGGCGAGACCCUCCAGCUCAUAUCCGCCUACAAGACCGAGAACCCGGAGCCCUUCAUCGACGAGCGAGUGGGCCGAUACGGCCCAGUCUUCACGACCCACGUCUUCGGCGAGCCCACGGUCUUCUCGACCGACCCGGAUGUGAACCGGUUGAUUCUCCACGGGGAAGGGAAGCUGGUCGACGUCAGCUACCCCGGUUCGAUCUCCAAUUUGCUCGGCAAGCACUCGCUGCUUCUCAUGAAGGGCAGCCUCCACAAGCGGAUGCAUUCCUUAACCAUGAGCUUCUCCAACCCUUCCAUCUUGAAGGACCACCUCCUCUUCGACAUCGACCGGUUGGUCCGUCGCAACCUCCGGUCCUGGUCCGACCGGGUCCUCCUCAUGGAAGAGGCCAAGAAGAUAACGUUCGAGUUAGCGAUGAAACAGCUGAUGAGUUUGGAUCCGAGCGAGUGGACGGAGAGGGUGAGGAAAGAGUACGUGCUUGUGAUUGAAGGCUUUUUCACUGUCCCUCUCCCUCUCUUCUCCACCACUUAUCGCCGAGCCAUUCAAGCGAGGACGAAGGUGGCGGAGGCGUUGAGUUUGGUGGUGAGGGAGAGGAGGAAAGAGGUGGAGGUGUCGUCGGCGGGAAGGGAAGAGGAGAAGGACAAGAAGAAGAAGAAGAAGAAGAAUGACAUGUUGGCGGCGCUUUUGGCCGGCGACGAGGGGUUCUCCGAUGAGCAGAUAGUGGAUUUCCUGGUGGCUCUGUUGGUGGCGGGAUAUGAAACGACGUCGACUAGCAUGACCCUUGCCGUCAAGUUCCUAACGGACACUCCCCUGGCUUUGGCCCAACUCAGGGAGGAGCACGAUCAGAUCAGGGCAAAGAAGAAGGAAGGAGAGGCUCUGGAGUGGAGCGAUUAUAAGUCCAUGCCCUUCACUCAAUGCGUUGUUAACGAGACCUUGAGAGUGGCCAACAUAAUCGGCGGGGUGUUUAGGCGAGCCAUCACUGACAUACCUGUCAAAGGGUACGUAAUUCCCAAAGGGUGGAAGGUGUUUGCCUCAUUUCGAGCUGUGCAUAUGGACCAGGAUCACUUCAAAGAUGCUCGAACUUUUAACCCCUGGAGAUGGCAGGUAAACUACAUUAUUAGAGCAGCAAGUCCUGGGAAUGUGUACACUCCGUUCGGCGGAGGGGGUCGACUCUGCCCAGGUUAUGAGCUUGCCAGAGUGGAACUCUCUGUGUUCCUUCAUCAUUUAGUCACUCGUUUCAGUUGGGAGCCGGCUGAGGAAGAUAAGCUGGUGUUCUUUCCGACAACCCGAACGCAGAAGCAGUACCCUAUCAACGUCCGGCGACGAGACCAGGACCAAGCAGCGUAGAGAUACUGAGAUCUGAGAGUGAAGCAGAGGUAGUAGAAUGUGAGAUCAGGUUGUAAUUCCUUUUGCAAUAAAAAAAAAUUCCCAAAUAGAAAAAUAGAGUUAGCAGCAUCUGUAUAUCAAUCAAUCAAUCAUCAUCACCACCAGCAUCUUAAAGGAACGAAUUGCAAUGAAAUAUAAAAUCAGCAGUUGAGUUGAGGGGAGAUGGGGAUCAUGAUCCAACUACCCUACAAGCCGCUAGCAAUUCGAUGGCUCCACUUAUAAAGGUUUUAUAAGGAGAUGGUAAUGAUUCUAUGCAAAAGGGGACGACUAGGAUAGGCAGUUAAGAAAUCUCCAGAACUGCCAUUGUGAAUAAACAUUAUGAUUGAGUGAUCAUAGAUCAAAGACUUUAUCUUCCUAUACAAAACAUGAGAUUCAGAAGGAAACCUACUUAGAGAUUAAUCAUGUACUUAAAAAAAAGUGAAUGUCAC